AUGUGUCUAUCCGAGAAUGAAUGUACUAGUAGAAUAUUUAAUACAUCAGAGAUCAUUUUUACAUGUUUAUCCGAUAUUGUAAUCAAUGAACUUCCAUUGUACAACUAUACUACUGAUAAAUUGGCUAAUAUAACAUCAAUAAUAGUAAAUGGUGUUGACGACAAUACUCGAGGUCCGUUUACAUCAAUUCCUCCAAAUAUUUGUUUAUUACCUAAUUUAAAGAAUAUCGAUUUUUCAUAUAAUCGCAUUGGUCAAGUCGAUCCAGCAAACGUAUUGAGUGAUUGUUUAUCUAGUGUGACUACAUUCGAUGUUAGUGAUAAUAAUAUAUCUGAAUUUCCAUCUGCUAUGAUUUAUAAUAUGCCAACAUUACAGAAGCUUUAUUUUCGAUUUAAUCAACUUACUUAUGUACCUGGCAAUGUUUUUUUUAAUUUAUCAAAUCUAGACAUAAUUGAUUUUUCACAUAAUUCUUUGACAAAUUUUGAAUUAUGGGCUUUGUUAGUGAAUAAAAGCGCAGACUUUAGCAACAAUCAAAUUUCUACUAUAACGAAUACUGCUUUUUAUAAUAUAUCUGAAUAUACAUUGUCAGAUGCAACAAUUAAUCUCACUAAUAAUAGCGCAACGAUAAAUUUAACUGAUGCCGUAUAUGAAAUGUAUGGUUCAUGUAGUGAAGUUUAUUAUUGGCUCAAUUCAUCCACGCCAGACCCACUAAUAACUAAACCAAUAUUGUCUUCAGCUCUGUCGUAUAUUGAUUUUGGAACAACUAGAAUUAACUGUAGUUGUGAUCAAUCUUAUAUUGUGGCAAUGAUUUCUACGAUUUUUGCUGAUAGUAAUCCAGCAGCAACUUCAAGAAUACCAAUAUACAGCGCAAAAUGUCUCGAUGGUACAUUAUUUAUUGACAAUACUUGUACUUUUGAUAUUGAUCUACCUAAUUCAUCUGUCGAUUUUUCAAAAGUUUAUCCAAGACAAUGCAAAAUUUAUGAAUAUGAAUCUGGUAAUCUGACUACUAUUUCGAAUAUCAGUGUUCCUACCAUAAAUGUGUCAACUUAUCCACAUUAUGAAACCAAAAUGAUGGAACCAGGUGCAUGUUUCUUUAAUUUUUCGAAUAUGACUACAGUAAGAAUUAAAUGUACAAAAGACAUAUCAGAUUCAUCGACUAUUCCUUCCGAAUUACUUUCAAGUGAUUAUUUUUCUAAUAUUAGACGUGUUGAUUUUGCUCGUUCUAUCUCAUCUUUACCAUCAUAUAUUUGUUCAUUACCGUCACAUGAUAUUGAUUUGAGUUUUCAAUCAUUCACCAUACUUAAUGAUGAAACAUUUCCAUGUCUUGAUUGGUUUCGUUCAGUUAGCUUAGCUAAUAAUCAAAUGACAUCCGUAAAUAUGAGAAGUGGUAAUUUUACUAAUUUAACUUUACUUGACCUAUCAUCAAAUCAACUUACAGGAAUUCCUUAUUCAAUUCUUAUACCUACGCCAAGUUCUUUGCGUUUUCUUGAUUUAAGAAAUAAUUCAAUUACUUCAAUUGAUCUUUUUCUUUACACACUUAAAAAUAUUACAAUCGAUCUUAGGGAUAAUCCAAUCAAUAUUUCAAGUAUUAUUAAUCCACUAAAUGUAACAUUACUAUUAGCGAAUAACACAAAUUCAACAACCAUUAUAACUUUUCCAUCAUCUGUAACGAAUAGUACAUAUAUUUUCAAUGAUCAAACAGCUUUAACUGCUGGUACAUGUAAUCGUUAUGCUAUUCUAGCAUAUCGAAAUACUCUUCAAUCGGUCUACAAUAAUAUUUUACUAGAUUGUACAUGUGCAUCUAUAAAUUUGAAAGAAAUUUUUUUACGAAAUCAAUCUGAUAUUACUCAAGAUUUUACUUGUUCAAAUGGAACAUCAACAGUUAGUUUUAAUGCUUUAACAAUUUUAUCUUGUGGAUCGGCGACUUUGAAUUUUUCGUCAGGAUUAUGUUUGAAUGAAUCAUUACAGACAUUUUUGGAUAACACAACAAUGGAAUCUUUAAGCACUCAUGUUCAGUUAACUAGUACUUCUCUAACUAUUCUUAUAAUAAAUUCAUCAUCAUCAUCAUCACCAAAUGUAACAAAAAAUCAGCAAUAUAUAAGUUUACCUGAAUUCGAAGGAAAAGGUAUUGACUUUUAUACACUACAAAUAACUAAUAACUCAAAACAAUUAUCAACUCUAUAUAUUGAAACAAUAACAUCAAAAAAUUCUUCUUACUCAAAAUUUACGUCAAUAUCUUCGUCAAGUGAUAGUCAUUCAAUGACUAUUUCAUCGGCAAUAAAUCCAAUAGCAAUUUCAAUCGACACCACAACUACAUUACCGACUAUACCCUCUCUUUCUAGUAUAUUAUUAACAACUAAUGCAACAGAAACAGUAACAGAUAACAAUAUGAUGAUCAGUACGGACUGGACAACAACGACAACAACGACUACAACGUCAACUUCAACUUCAACUACAACGUCAACCUCCUCUACGACUACAACGUCAACCUCCACUACGACUACAACGUCAACCUCCUCUACGACUACAACGUCAACUUCGACUACAACUACAAGCGUAACUACUACCUCGACUUCAACAUCAACAUCUACUUCAACCACAACGACAACUACAACAACCAGCGUAACUACUACUUCGACUUCAACAUCAACAUCUACUUCAACCACAACGACAACUACAACAACCAGCGUAACUACUACUUCGACUUCAACAUCAACAUCUACUUCAACCACAACGACAACUACAACUACGACGACUACGAAGACAAUUGCUGCGAUUGAUUCAAGUACAAAUCGUACUGGCUUAAUUGUUGGUCUUGUUCUUGGUUUAGUGGGAUUUUUUGCAUUAGUUGGUGGUUUUAUCGCUGCUAUUGUUGUUCUCAAAGCAAGGGCUGCAAGCAAUGCUACAGUAACAAAUAAACCGGUCGUUCGAACAAUGGCUAUGAGUCAAGCACCUCCAGAUUCUCUCUUAGAAUCUCGUUUACAAACAAGAAAUUUACGACCUGUUCGAUUGACACCACUUACUACUCAAACAUCGCAAUUACCUCGGCCAUCUUUUGGUUCGGUAGUAUCUGAAACGACUACUACACAUGCUUCAAUGACAAAAUUGCAUAGAUCUGAUCCACAAAGAUCGUCAAGAGGUAUUCCACUUCGACUUGAUGCAAUUAGGUCAGCAAGCAGUAUUGUUCCACAAUAUGCACCAAGUUCAUAUACUUCUAAUAAGCCUUCUAAUUAUGAUCCUAUAAAUAAUUUAUCUAAAACUCAACGUCCUUAUCUUCAUCAACAAUAUGGUCAUCCUACAAUAUAUUCGGUUGAUACAACUAAUUGGCCACAGUUGAUAUUAACAUGUCCAAAUAGCACUAGACUUGAUGAAUUACCUUUUCUAUCAAUUAGUAUAUCAUGGCUAAGACAAUUCACUAGUUUUCUUGCUCAAGGUGAAAAUAAUACUCGUGAACCAUUUAUUUCUAUUCCAUCGGAUAUCUGUUGGAUGUCACAUCUAACUAUUCUCAAUUUAACUUACAAUCAACUUGAAAAUACACUUAACUUUUCUGAUAUCCUCAACUGUUCGACUCGAUGGAAAACAAUUCAUUUAAGCAAUAAUUAUUUGGCAACAUUUCCAAGUUCUUUCUUUACAUCGACUCAAUUUAAUUCAGUUUAUUUAAAUGAUAAUAAAUUGAGUUCAUUCGAUUUAUCUAUUCUUACACUGGGUCAAAGAACAGUUGAUUUAAGAAGGAAUCAGAUUAAAUCGAUUACUAAUCCCACUAAUUACAGUAUAUCAUUAGACCUUCAAGCUGGCGAUACAGAGGUUCAACUUGAUGGUAACUCCAUACUUGAUUUUAAUGAUGGAAUCUAUGAAAUGUAUAGGUCUUGUGAGAAAGUUCGACUAGCAUUGACAGAUACUCUUAAUCGUCCAACAUCAUUAACUUUUGCCUUGAUAAAUAUUGAUUUAGGGUCAACAACAACAUCAUCGUCAAAAACAACAACAGCCACAUCAUCAACAACUACAACGUCGGAAACAACAACAGCCACACUCUCCUCUAUGUCAACAACAGCAACAUCAACCACAACUGCAACAUCAGAAUCAACAACUUCCUCAUCUUCAUCUACUUCACUAACAGGCACAUCAUCAACAUCUAUAACAUUGAAAACAACAACGCCUACAACAAUAACUUCAACUUCUAUGAUGAAUAUAUCAACAUGCCUUUCAACUUUUUCCGUUAGUAAUACAAAUCUAUUAUUGUCAUGUUCAUCCAAUGCAAAUAUGUCAUUACUUCCUAUCAAUAAUUACACUCUAACGACUUUGAACCGUGUCACAUCAUUAAGUGUACGAGCAUAUAAUGGUGCACGUGGGCCUCUAGAAACUAUUCCACCAAAUGUUUGUUUUUUACCAAAUUUACAAAUAUAUCGAUAUUAUCUAACUCAAACUGUGAAUAAUAGUUAUUGUCUGUUUACAUUUUAUGUUGGUGGACGGCGAGUUUCUAUUGAUUGUAUCAAUGAAUCAAGUACGCUUACUGAAAUUUCAUCAGUAAUUCUUAAUAAUAUAUAUUUUCAAAAUAUAACACAAGUUUCAAUUAAUAAUCAAAAUUCGCUAUCUCAAUUACCAGUUUAUUUAUGUUCAUUACCAUCAAAUUCUAUCGAUCUUUCGAAUCAAUCAUUUUGGAUAUUAAAUAGUCAUACAUUUCCUUGUUCAUCAAAUAAUACCGUUCAAAAUAUCAAUCUUGCCUAUAAUCAAAUUAAUACUGUCACUUUGACAUUAUCCAAUUGGAUAUUGAUUGAUCUUACAUCAAAUAAUCUACCACAAUUACCAUAUACUAUCUUACGUUCAAAUCAAAAUGCAAUCUCAAAAAAUAAUCCAUUUUCAAAAACGAUUAAUGGUUAUCAUAUUAUUAAUAAUUAUGAGAAAAAGUCUUUACUUAAUGGACCAGUUUCAACAAAUAUUAUUCGAUCAAAUCAAAUGCGUUUUCUUCUUAAUGAUCAAAUAGCACUUUGUCAAUUUGCAAGAUUAGCAAAUUCUUCUCCUUCUAAUGAUCUUAAUGCAAAGGAUAACGGUCGAGUUUUAGCUAUAGUUCUUGGUUCUUUAGGUUUCCUAUUAUUACUUGCACUUAUUAUUGCUGGUAUUUGUUAUGCACUUCGAGAUACGGCUGAUACUCGUCUUGAAGAACGUGUACAAACAAGAAAUAUUCGUCAACCAUAUAAUUUAUCGUCAAUUGAUAAUAGAACUACAUCUCAAUUAGCAAAUAUUCAUGAUACAAGAGAUUAUUCACGAAUGCAAACAUCACAUAGACCAGCAACUCGAAAUAGAUCAUCAUAUUAUGUCGCUUCAAUCGAUUUAUGUCAAGUGGGCGAUAAUCGUCGAAAACGACGACCAAAAGAACCUCCAAUUGAUUAUGAUAUAACUUAA